UGGGUCACGCAGAGUGCGCUCCCUUACAGCACAUGUUUGCUGUAUAUCUGAUAAUUAAUAGUCUUAAGAUCUGUAGAUCAAUUAAUAAGAUGUCAUUGUGUUGACAACAGGUUACCUAGCCCUUGACGUUCGUGAAUAUAACAUCACCAAUACAACUCAGCUUGGUACUUUUUGAGUCAAUGUCUAGUUCAAAGCGAACUCGAUGAAAUCUGUGCAUUUUCAUUACGAAGUUAUUCGAUCACAGUUGUUUUGGUUAUCGUCUGUUACUCAGAAAUGUUUCGAGCGUUCGCCAGUCAGCGAAUCUGUCAGUGGUGCUGUAGUUUUCAUCAGCAUCUAAUCCGAAUGCACUUCACGAAUGGUGUGGCUACUGAACUUCCAAGAAUCACCAUUCCAGUUAAAAUGCAGAAACAGCUGAUAAAACUGCGUGAACGGAAGCAGCACAAACAGCACCAGUCAAAGAAACCAUCAUUCAAGUCACCUCUUGUUAUAUCUUGCAAGCGCAGUAAUUACAACCACCACAGAGGACAGACUUACAGUGAUUUUGGGCCAUCAACAUUGGCAUCAUAUGGCUGGAAAAAUCGCAAAGCAGCUGGGGAUUAUAUGACAAUCAUGUGUCAUGACAAGAAUCCAGCACUGCUGUCAGAAGAGUCAGAAAUAACAUUUACUGAUUUAAAACUUGAUGAUGACAUAAAGAAGGCAGUACUUGCACUUGGCUACCAAAAACCUACCGCUAUACAGCAAGCUGCUUUGUCAUCUAUUCUGAGUGGAACACACACACUGUGUGCUGCUGAAACUGGCUCAGGAAAGACUCUGGCAUACUUGCUGCCAGCCCUUGACAUGCUGCUGAGACGAAAGAGAUGCGACAUAAUGACACAGACAGAGAACUCUCCUUCAGUCAUAAUUUUAGCCCCAUCCAGAGAACUAGCAGAUCAGAUUACAGGAGUAGCAAGGAGUCUACAAGAGCAUCUUGAUUUUGUUCCUUACUCAGUUUGUGGAGGAAGAGGGACAAAGGGUCGAUUGGCAUGGCCAGUGAGGAAGCCUAUGGACAUUCUUAUUUCUACACCUGGUGUAUUACGAAAAUUUCUUAUUGCAGGACACAUUAAACGGUCAGCCCUGCAGCAGAUUAUUCUGGAUGAAGCAGACACUCUGCUUGAUGACAGCUUCAUUGGCACUUUGGACAGUAUUCUGCAAAGACUGAGGGUCCAGGCACAGACAGGAAUCGACCCUGUUACAACUGACAACAAAGAGAAAUCUUCUCCAUUCGUGUCUGGUGUUCAGUUUGUGUUGGUCAGUGCCACAAUGCCACGAGAUUUGCAAAACAGCAUUGGCACCUACCUACCAGUGGACUCUAUUAAGAAAGUGACCACUGCUGGUUUAAAUCGACUGAUGCCUCACGUUCCCCAGAAAUUUUUAAGAGUGCUGCCAUCACGGAAACCAGAAAUAAUUCUAAAGCUAGCAAAGCAGCAAAUUGAAAGAAGUAUGCCAUCCAUGAUAUUCUGUAAUGACAGCCCCACAAGUUUCUUCUUAAAGCAUCUUUUGGAGGAAAAUGGUAUCACUUCUGCAAUUAUAAAUGGGAAGAUGCAGGAAAAGUACCGCCGUGGUGUGUUUGACAAGUUCAAAGAUGGGCAUUUCAACAUCAUGGUAGCCACAGAUGUGGCAUCUCGCGUAGACACCCUUCAUGUACAACAUGUCAUAAACUACGAUUUUCCCUUGUUUGUGUCUGAUUACAUUCAUCGAGCAGGCCGUGUUGGUCGUGUAGGGGCCAAGCACAAUGGUCAAGUGACCAGCCUUGUAUCACACAGUUGGGAGGUGGAUGUUUUAUGGCAGAUAGAGAUUGCUGCCAGAAAAGUAUCCGAAAUACACAAUGUCAAUGCCAACAUCAAACGAAAGGUGGAGGCCGAUUUUUCCAGGAGACAUGGCAAACCCUCCGACAUUAUUUGAUUUGGUGUUUUCGCGUGAAGCAAUACUUUGCUGUUGUGAAAAAUAGAGUAACAUUCAUGUGAGAUGCGUAGACAUGCCACAGAUCACAUGACCUCAUGCAUCUUGUGUUGGUAAUCAUGUGAGGUGUGGAGGCAUCUGGUGAUAGACAAAUUGGCUUCAGCCGGGCUGCCUUUUCUGAUGUUGUCUGAGGUGUUGUAGAGAUCUAUCCUUGUACAGUUGAAAAACAUGGAAGCCUGCAUCAGCCUGUGCUUGUUUGAACAUUGACAUUUAUUCUUUAGGUGUAGUAAACUGGUUAAUUCGUAGUCUGGAUACUCAGGAGAUUGCUUUUCAUAAUCAGUAAGAUGCCUUUAUUCAAGUGAUUACAGGCUGUGUUAUAAUGAGUAAAAGACUAAUGAAGAGUUUUUUCCUGUCCAGUAAUGGUUCUGUUUUAAACAUUUUUAAUUGAUCAUAUAAAUGAUCCUGAUUUGCAGUCAUGUAAAGCAACAAAGGCUUAAAAUUUCCUUGUUGUUAGAAUUUACAUUAGAUGAAUGCAGUUUAACUCCUGUCGCGAUAAGUUUUACUCGAGUGGAAAAUACACUUACUGGAAAUAAGAAUA